AUGGGUCUGCUCCUGCCCCUGGUGCUCUGUGCCCUGGCUGUGGUCACUGGGGCUACAUCUCCCCCCGGGCCAGACCUGCCACCCAUCAAGCCAUCGCCUUUACUCUCCCGUGGCUGCAAUGACUCAGAUGUGCUGUCCUUUGCUGGUGUUGCCCUGGAGCACAUCAACAGGGACCGCAAGGAUGGCUACGUGCUGAGACUCAACCGAGUGAGCGAUGCCCGUGAACACAGGCAGGCAAGUGGUGGUACUUUGUAUUAUCUCACCCUGGACGUGCUAGAGACUGACUGCCACGUGCUCAGCAAGAAGCCUUGGAAGGAAUGUGAGGGGAGGCCACUGCAUGUAUCAGUUUAUGGUCAAUGCAAAGCAUUAUUAUACAUGCCCCAGACAACAAGAAUUCUCAAUACACGUGCUUAUAACUGUACUCUACGCCCAGUUUCUAGUAGAAAAAUUCACUCAAUGUGCCCUGACUGCCCCACGCUCCGCCCCAUUGACGUAUCAAAUCCUGAGGUUUUAGAAGCUGCCACUGAGUCUCUUGCAAAAUACAACAAUGAGAGCACCUCGAAGCAAUAUUCUCUGGUCAAAGUCACGAGAGCUUCUGCCCAGUGGGUGUAUGGGUUUUCCUACUCCGUGGAAUAUUUAAUCAAAGAGGAACCUUGUACCAAAUCCGAGGCCAGCUGCACACUUCAGUCUCCUAACUCAGAGCCUGUUGGUCUUUGCAUAGGUUCGCUGAGCCGAAAAUUAAGAAAAACUUUUGUCUCUGUGACUUGUGACUUCUUUGAAUCACAGGCUCCUGCUCCUGGCGGUGAAAACUCUGCUGUUAACCUGCCCAAGGUGGAAGAAUCCCAGGACAAAAAGGCAGCGCCCACUGAUGCCUCAUCCACAGCUGUGCCAAAAGGAUUUGUCCAAUACCUCUCUGACCCAGAGACCCAGGAAGGUGACCCCGUGGAAGACUUCCCUGUGCAUCUGGAUCUAACCACGAAUCACCAGCGAGAGAACUUGGGUACCUCCUUUCCCUUCAUGGGGCCUGUGAGGGAGACCCUGCCGGUGCUGCCUUUCCCCUCCAAAGAACAUCGCUCUUCUGAGUGCCCAGGACCAGCCGAGGACCCCAACCCUCUUCUUCUUCCUCCAUGA